AUGGGCCCCCUUUCUUUCCUAAAGAGUGUCUAUGACAUAGACAACCUCGACACUCGCUUCACCACCCCUUCCUCGGUUCCCUACAAGACAGUCGUCGAGUCGCGAGACACUCUGACGGGCAAGAGAGCCGUCAAGCCAGAUCCGAAAGCACAGCCGCCCAAAUGGAGGACCCCGGAGUUCUUCCUCUACUACAUUGUGUUCUUGAUCCUGGUCCCGUGGAUGUUCUGGAUCGCAUAUGAUGUAUCAAGGCCCUCCGAUCCUCGUUAUUCAAAAUUCGAACAAUACCUCUCUCCGGGGUGGAUUCCAGGACGAAAGAUUGACGUUUCCGAUGCCCAAUACCAUAGCUUUCGAUCCAAUCUCCCUUAUAUGGCCAUCCUCCUUCUUGCGCAUCCCUUUUGCCGGAAGGUCUGGAACGCUGUAUAUCCUACGCCCCAGCAUAGCGGAAAGGAGGUCAAGCCCGAACAUGCCGAAGCACGAUUGAACCAGCGGGUCUCCUUUGACUAUGCUUUUGCCUUCGUCUACCUUGUCGCCCUUCACGGCUUCUCCGCCCUCAAAGUCCUUGCGAUCCUCUAUACCAAUUAUCAGCUUGCGACCGGAUUGCCGCGGAAGUAUGUGCCGGUUGCGACCUGGGUGUUCAACAUUGGCAUCCUGUUCGCAAAUGAGCUCUGUGAGGGAUACCACUACAAAAGCAUUGCCCUCCUCAUUUCCGCACCCGACUCGCCGUUGGUGCAGUGGGGUUCAUGGCUUGACAGCUGGGGCGGUCUCAUGGCCAGAUGGGAGGUGCUUUUCAACUUGACGGUUCUGAGGCUGAUCAGCUUCAAUCUGGACUAUUGCUGGGGCCAAGACGGAAGAGGCUCAAGUCCCGUUGAGAAGAAACAACUGGAUCCCGCCAACCUCUCUGAGCGGGAUCGCGUGACGAUCCCUGCAGAGACUAGGGACUUUUCCUUCCGGAACUACAUGGCCUAUGCUGUGUAUGCACCACUGUACUUGACCGGGCCGAUCAUGACCUUCAAUGACUACAUGUGGCAAUGCCGCUACAAGGCCGCGAGCAUCGAGACCCCGCGCACCGUUCGCUAUGCCGUGCGCUUCGCCCUAUGCUUGCUGGCCAUGGAGCUUGUGUUGCACUACGACUAUGUGGGCGCCAUAUCCAAAGCCGGCCCGGACUGGUCGUCGUAUACGGCCGCGCAGCUGUCCCUCCUCUCUUUCUUCAACCUGCACCUCAUCUGGCUCAAGCUGCUCAUCCCCUGGCGGCUCUUCCGCCUCUGGUCUCUGAUCGACGGCAUCGACCCGCCGGAGAACAUGCUGCGCUGCGUCAGCAACAACUACAGCACCCUCGCCUUCUGGCGCGCGUGGCACCGCUCCUACAACAAGUGGCUCAUCCGGUACAUCUACGUGCCGCUCGGCGGCGCCAACUUCCGCAGCUGGCGCAGCGGCGCGCGCUCCGUCGUGACCUACCUGCUCGUCUUCACGUUCGUGGCCCUGUGGCACGACAUCCAGCUGCGCCUGCUCAUCUGGGGCUGGCUCGUCGUCUUCUUCUUCCUGCCCGAGGUGCUGGCGGGCUUCGCGUUCCCGCGGCGCAAGUGGGAGUCGCGGCCGACGGCGUACCGCAUGCUGUGCUGCGUCGGCGCCGUGGGCAACGUGCUCAUGAUGAUCAGCGCCAACCUGAUCGGGUUCGCCGUGGGGCUGGACGGCAUGCAGAGCAUCAUCAAGGGCAUCUUUCAUGACUUCUCCGGGCUCAUCUUCCUGGCUACGGCUUGCGGCGCGCUGUUCGUCGGCGUGCAGGUCAUGUUUGAGAUUCGCGAGGAGGAGCUGAGGAAGGGCAUCCGGCUCAAGUGCUGA